ACACAGGAAGACUGCCCAUCCAGCUAACCCCGCCUACCUCAACAGGAUUGGCCAAUAUCUUAGAUGGACAGGCAAACUCCCAAUAGACGUUCGGUAGGAGUUUUAAGCGUGCUCGUCCACAAACCCGAACGCGCCAGUGAUUGAAACUAGCCCAGGCUUAUAUGCAGAAAGUAGGAGCACACGUAAACCCCGGAAACAGGACCAAAGGCAGCACCAAUGGCAGAGUGGAACGCCUACUACCGAAACGAGGAUGAUGAGGAAGAGCAAGAGGAAGGGGAGCAAUCAGGGGGAGACUACAGAGCGACAGGGAGAGACAGUUUGGUGUUCUUGGUUGACGCCUCCAAGGAAAUGUUCAUCAAGGGGGAAGAGGGGGAGCCCUCCAACUUUGAUAUGACCAUGCAGGUUGUGCGCAGCGUGUACACCAGUAAGAUCAUCAGUAGUCACAGGGACCUGGUGGCUCUGGUUUUCUACGGCACAGAGCAGAGCAAAAACCCCAGAAACUCAUUUAAACAUGUCUACGUGUACCAUGACCUCAACGAACCUGGUGCAAAGCGAGUCCAGGAGGUGGAUGCUCUGCGGGGGGGGAAAGGUGCCAAGCUGGCAGCAGAGACCAUGGGCAGUGGAGAGACAUCGUUGGGAGACGCCCUGUGGUGCUGUGCCAACCUCUACAGUGACAUCAAGCUCCGCCUCUCACACAAGCGGCUCAUGAUUUUCACCUGUAGGGAUGAACCGCACGAGGGCGACAGCGUGAGGGACAAACAGGCUCGGACCAAGGCCAGCGAUCUCAAGGAGACCGGCGUUGUUAUUGAUUUAAUGCACCUGAUGAAACCGGGAGGCUUCGACAUCUCGCUCUUCUUUUGUGACAUUGUGAGUCCACCAGAGGAUGAGAGUGAGCUGGGGCUGCAGCUGGAGCCUUGUGACAAACUGGAGGACCUCCAGAAACGAGUGCGGGCCAAGGAGCAGAAGAAGAGAACUAUUGCAAAGUUAAACCUGUGCCUUGGUGAGGGCUUAAAUGUAGCCGUGGGACUUUAUGCAACUGCCGUGGCAGCUCGCAAACCAGGUGCCAUCAAACUUUACAGGGAAACUAAUGAGCCAGUCCGCAGCAAAACUCGAACCUUCCACACCCAGACUGGCAGCCUGCUGCUGCCCAGUGAGAUAAAGAAAGCCCAGUUUUAUGGUAAUAAACAGAUUGUGAUGGAGAGGGACGAAGUAGAUGCCAUUAAGAAGUUUGAUGACCCUGGAUUGGUUUUGAUUGGAUUCAAACCUAUGGAGAAGCUCAAACUGCAUCACCAUAUCCGGCCUGCACUCUUCCUCUAUCCUGAGGAGGAUGAAGUGAAAGGUAGUUCAUGUCUCUUCUCUGCCUUGUUGAAGAAGUGCAGCGAGAGGAACGUGUUCGCUCUGUGCCGGUGCAUCUCCCGCCGAAACUACCCACCUCGGUUUGUUGCCUUAGUGCCUCAGAAUGAGGAGCUUGGUGAGGGGAAGGUGCAGAUUACACCACCAGGAUUCCACGUCAUCUACCUGCCAUACGCUGACGAUAUGCGGAAUCUGGAGCCUCCCCAGUUUCCAUCGGCCUCACAAACGCAGGUGGACAAGAUGAAAGAGAUCGUCUCCAAACUCCGCUUCAAAUACAGGAGUGACGCUUUCGAGAACCCAGUCAUCCAGCAGCAUUUUAGGAACCUGGAGGCCUUGGCUCUGGAUAUGGUGGCUCCGGAGGACACUGAAGAUCUCAUCAUGCCAAAGGUGGACCAGAUCGACCAGCGCCUGGGUUCUUUGCUCCAGGAGUUUAAAGAUCUAGUCUACCCCGCCAGCUACAAUCCAGAGAGCAAGCCGGCUGCCAAACGCAAAACAGCUGACGCUGGAGGUGGAGCCGAGAAGAAGCCCAAAGUAGAACUGACAGAAGAUGAGCUGAAGGCCCAUGUGCAGAACGGCACUCUGGGAAAGCUGACCGUGCCCGUGCUGAAGGAUGCCUGUAAACAGUUUGGGGUUCGGACCACUGGGACCAAGAAGCAGGAGCUGAUAGAUGCUUUGAUUGCCCGUCUGGGCUCAUGAGGAGUUUACGCCAGACUUAUCCACAACCGCUUAGCACAAAUGAAGUUCUUGUAAAUUUGGAAUCUACAUAUUUGAGAAGCCAUCAUCUGGGGUCCCUGCGCUUGUUUUAAAGUUACUAUGCAGCCUUCACGUGGACCAUACACUGUGUUUGGUGUGCAACAAAAAAGCUUCCUGUUGUUCUUGAUAAGAUAAGAAACAUUGUGUGCCAGACCUGUUCUAUAUAAACAAUGUUUGAAUGUUAAAAAAAAAAACUAUCAUUGUGUCCUGAUCGAGUGGGCUAUAAAAUUCUAAAUAAGUCUAAAAGCAUUGAAAUACUCUGAUCUUAUAAAUACUGUAACUAGUGGUGAAACUUGUUAAUCGUGUUGCAUUUGCAUUAAUAAAC